AAACUGCACAUUUCUAGCUUCAACACUUUGAAGCUCUUAACAUUCCAGCUAACCCUAGAGGUAGAUAGAUUCCUACGACACCAUUGUCCUUCUGCAGACUACAUCAGCAUAACACCGUCCGAAAGCCGCAAACAUGCCGCCUAAACGCAAAGCCACCGCCUCCUCCUCCUCCGGGCCGAAAGAAAAGCAGUCCAAACUAGCAAAGGAGCACAAUAUAUCCGCGCGCGAAGAGCGCGAAAUAAAGGAAGCCUUCGCGCUGUUCUCGGAGCCCAUGGAAGGCGAGAAAGAAGGCGUAAUACCGAGCAAAGACGUGCGCCGGGCCAUGGUCGCCCUAGGCCUCCCCCCCUCAAAACCCGAGCUGAAAGAAUUCCUCGAGAUCCUAGACCCAGACGACGACGGGUACGCCUCAUACGAGCCGUUCGUGGCCAUCUGCGCGCUAAAGCUGCACGCGCGCCCGAAGAGCGGACCCGAUGCCGACGAGGUCGACGAGGCGUUUCGGUUGUUCACAGGUGUCACGAGCAGUAGUGGAGGGGGAGGUGGUGAAGACGCGAAACUAACGCUAGCGCAUCUGAAGCGUGUGGCGAUGACGUUGAAGCAGGACGUCGAUGAGGCGCUGCUGAAGGAUAUGAUACUCGAGGCGAAUGGCGGAGCGGGUGUUGGGAAGGGGGUGGCGAGGGCGGAGUUCGAGGAGGUUAUGCGCAGGGCUGGGGCUUGGAAGUGAGGGGGAUGUUUAUGGGUGGUUUUGCUGUGACUUGUGAUAUGUGUACUAGAGUUUGGGCUGGCGUUGGGGAUAUGGGAUGAAACGGACGAGGUCUAAAGGUUUAGCCUUUGUGGUAGAGGUUGGGUACGAUGUGUACUGUUUAGUAAGGUAAGCAUAUACUGCUUCUCUGCUUACAGUUUUCUAAUCGGUUACUUAGAAAGGGAAUAUGUGAAUUUAUCACCUAAACGAUGAGGAAUAGCAAUCGGUAUGCUUACGAAGUUGGUUUUGGAGUUUAGAGACGGAAGCAGACUCCCUCUUCUAGACUGACGACGUAGUUAUUUUUAGAGGAGCUAUAGAUACCAUAACCUAGAUAUUCAUAUCGGAACAUCUAUAGCAAUACUAUGUGCAAUAUAAUCAC